AUGAUAAAAUAUUCAGUUAUUUUGGUUGAUGUAGGUACAAUUGUAGAAGAUUACAUUAUGUUCAAUAUUCUCGAUAUUGUUCAAAUCAAUAAAGAAAAUUCUUUAAUCUCACAAUAUUAUUGUGAAUAUAAUAAUGGUACAAGUGUUUCUUCAAGUUCUAGGUGGGAUAAUGAAGAGAUGGUUCAAAAAUUAUAUGAAAAUAUCAGAUGGAUACCAUUUUCAAUUUAUAUUGGUACGUUUGAAAUUUUUGUUUAUCCUAUUGGACUAUUAACAGGUUCUCUUGUAUUAAAUGCUGGAAAUGGUUAUAAAUCAUCAUUGAUUCAUAUUUUAGAAUGA